GGUCAAAAAGAAGUGAACAGAACUGUGGGAACCGAAAUGUGCACUGUCGAUUUCCGUUUAAAUAAGGAAACUAGGAAAACCCUCACUACAAGAAAACACGCCGAAUUCCGACGGAGAUUCUGACGGACGCCAAAGGCGUCGGACAACUUCGACGGAAUUCCGACGGAAACAAAAAAUCUGAAGUCUCGGAAUUCCGUCGGCUAAUUCCGACGAAUUUCCGAGAAAACAAGGGUCGUCGGAAUAUUCCGACGACUUUUCGACGACAUUCCGAUAAACAAUAUAACCGUUGUAGUCGUCGAAAAGUUGUCGGAACAUUCCGACGAAUUUCCGACGACAUUCCGAUUAACAAUAUAACCGUUGUAGUCGUCGAAAAGUCAUCGGAAUAUUCCGACGAAUUUCCGACGACAUUCCGAUUAAAAGAUAUAACCAUUACGGUCGUAGGUAUUCCGUCGGAAUUUUCCGAUGAAUUUCCGACGAACCAAGUGACCGUUGCCGACAAAUAUAUAUGACCGUUUUAUAGCCGUUUGAGAUUGGAAAAUACCGACGGAAUUCCGACGGAAUGCUUUAUAUCUGUCAGUAUUCCGUCGGAAAGUCGUCGGAUGUCCGUAAGCAAUUUCCUAUAAAUGCAACCCCUCCUCAUUCACCUCAUUCACACCUCAUUCUCUCUUCUUUCUCUUUAGUCAUAACAAUUCCGUGAAAAUCAUGUCUUUAGGAGCUUAUUAUCGUUCGUGGAUGGAUAAACCUCAUUUGGAUCCAAACACCAAUUUGCUUACGGAAGAAUACGUUCAAGGGAUUGGAGAAUUCAUGAGGCUUGUUCAACAGCAACCGGAUGCAAAAAGUGGUAUGUUAAGAUGUCCCUGCUCUACUUGCAAUAAUAAUAAGGUUAUAAAAGAAUUUGAUGUUUGGACUCAUUUGUAUAUGAAAGGGUUUUCACGUAAUUAUAAAGUUUGGUACCUUCAUGGGGAAACUGGUUAUGAAUAUGGUAGUACUAGCGAACCUCAGCCUGUUAGUGAACUUCAGCCUGUUAGUGAACUUCAGCCUGAUAUUAGGUUAGAAGAACCUAGAACGGAUAUAGAUUAUGGUGUAGGUACUGAGCAGAUGGUACAUGAUCAUUAUAGAGGGGAAGAACCAAAUCCCGAAUCUAGGAGAUUUUUUGAUAUGUUAGAUGCAGGAAAACAACCUUUGUAUCAAAAUUGUAGAGAUGGUCAUUCAGUCUUAUCAUCUGCAACUAGAUUAAUGGGUAUUAAGACAGACUAUAAUUUGGCUGAAGAAUGUAUGGAUGCGAUUACUGAUUUUGUCAAAGGUAUUCUACCUGAGGAUAACCUUGCACCGGGUUCAUACUACGAGGUUCAGAAACUUGUAGCCGGUCUUCAACUACCGUACGAAGUGAUAGAUGUAUGUAUUGACAACUGCAUGAUCUACUGGAGAGCGGAUGAGACACGAAAUGUAUGCAAAUUUUGUGGGAAACCUCGUUAUCAGGAGACGAGGGGAAGAGUUCCGAUCCCGUUCAAAAGAAUGUGGUAUUUGCCUUUGACGGAAAGAUUGAAGAGGUUGUAUCAGUGUGAGCGCACAGCAAAAGCAAUGAGAUGGCAUGCAGAGCAUUCCAUAAAUGGUGAGAUUAGACAUCCUUCAGAUGCGAAGGCUUGGAAACAUUUCCAGUCAACAUAUCCAGAAUUUGCGGAAGAGAGAAGAAAUGUUUAUCUUGGAUUAUCUACUGAUGGUUUCAGCCCGUUUGGAAAGCAUGGAAGACAGUAUUCUCUAUGGCCAGUUAUCGUGACCCCUUACAACUUACCGCCGAGCUUGUGCAUGCGACGAGAGUUUUUGUUUCUCUCAAUUCUCGUCCCCGGUCCAGAUCAUCCUAAAAUAUCACUAGAUGUGUUUCUUCAACCACUGAUAUAUGAGUUGCAACAACUAUGGGCGCAUGGAUUUGAGACAUACGAUGUUUCGUGCAAAGAAAACUUUCAGAUGCGGGCAGUACUUAUGUGGACAAUAAGUGACUUUCCAGUAUAUGGUAUGUUAUCUGGAUGGACAACACAUGGGAGGCUAUCAUGUCCAUAUUGUCAAGAUGACACAGAUGCUUUCCAACUAAAGAACGGAAGGAAAACGUGUUGGUUUGACUGUCACAGACGAUUUCUACCACCUGAUCAUCCAUACCGCAGGAGUAAGACUUCGUUUACGAAGAACAAGCAGGUGUUUGAUGGUCCACCUGAGGAAGUUAGUGGAGAAGAUUUGUUGAAGCAGUUUAGGGAUUUUGAUGCAGAUAGGACGCCAGAUGUAGGUGGACAUGAAAACAUUCGAGUCAGUGCGGUUGGAGAGCUACAUAACUGGCACAAAAAGAGUAUUUUCUGGGAUCUGCCAUAUUGGAAGACUCAUCUAUUGCGGCAUAAUUUAGAUGUCAUGCAUAUUGAGAAGAACUUCUUCGACAAUCUGAUGAACACAGUCCUUAACAUCCAAGGUAAAACGAAGGAUAAUUUGAAGUCAAGGUUGGAUUUAGUCGAUAUCUGUGAUCGUUCUGAACUUCACGUUGAUGAGAACGGUACGGCCCCUUUUCCCAUUUAUCGGCUGGAUGGUGCUAGAAAAGAAGAGUUCUUUGAUUGGAUUACAGAUAAAGUGAAAUUUCCUGACGGAUAUGCAUCAAAUUUGGGGAACUGCGUUGAUAGAAGCGAAGGAAAGUUUAGUGGCUUGAAGAGUCAUGAUUGUCAUGUAAUUAUGCAGCGCCUCCUCCCGUUUGCUUUUUCAGCAUUAUUGCCACGUAAUGUUCAUGAAGCAAUUGCAGGGAUAAGUGUUUUCUUCCGCGACUUAUGCAGCAGAGUAGUGACUGAAGAGGGUAUUAAUAAUUUGAAGACAAACGCACCAGUCAGCAUGUGCAACCUUGAGAAGAUAUUUCCUCCAUCAUUCUUUGAUGUAAUGGAACAUCUUGCUAUUCAUCUCGCAAGAGAAUUGGAACUUGGUGGUCCUGUGCAGUACAGAUGGAUGUAUAUUUUUGAGCGUUAUAUGCAUCAUCUGAAGAAGAUGGUCAAAAAUCAAAGCAGGGUGGAAGGAUCUAUAGUGGCACAGGUGAUCAAUGAAGAAACUGCAAUCUUUGCUGAAAAUUAUUUUCCACCAGAAGUGCAUACAAAACACCGAAGACCAGCUCGGCAUGAUGACAGAGGGGGAGAGAGCAACAUAUCAUGUUACUGUCCCAAGCAUGUUCAAGGAAAUAGGACGACUUAGUGGAAAAUUCACGAAGCGCAGACUUACGGACACUGAGCACGCUCAUUUGCAAACAUAUAUGCUCACCAACUGUGAAGAUGUUCUUCAAUAUGAGAGGUAAAAAUAUUUUUCAUUUACAUUGUUAGAUUAAUAUUCAAUAAAUUUAUUUCAUAUUGAUAAUAUUUUUGUAUAUAGUGUAUAUAUGGCGGAGUUGCGUAUGACUCACAGGCAUGCAACAGAAGAUGAGCUUCAACAACUUAGAGAUAACGGAUUUGCUGUGUGGCUUCGUAGUUAUGUGAGUCAUAUAUCAUAUUACCCUAUGCAAAUGAGUAGUUUAAAUUUAAUAUAAACUAAUUAACUUUUCACUCAUAUAUGUUUUUAAUUUGUAGGUGAAUGAUGGUUUGGCCAGAGGUUUUGUGUUCGAUGAUUGGAUACGCGAAUUUGUGCAGGGACCAAACUAUGUGGUCAAAUCAUAUCCAAAAUUUUGUACGCGAGGAUAUGCAUUCACAAGGAAAGGUCAUUCUAAGACAACAUAUGAUGCUGGUGUUUCAUCUUCUUCCGGUGACGAUGUCUACUACGACAACAUAAAAGAAAUAUUGGAAAUCCAAUUUCCUGGAAUGGUUGGAUUGCGUUGUGUAGUAUUCUAUUGUGAUUGGUAUGACACCACCCCAGAUAGAGGAGUGAAGAUUGAUGCGUUUGGUGUUACAUCAGUUCAUUCGCGGCGGAAACUUCAAUACUAUGAUCCCUUCAUUCUUGGUUCGCAAGCUGAUCAGGUGUGUUACAUCAGUUACCCUCGGGUGACGUACAGAGAUGAUCCAUGGGUCACUGUAACGCAAAUCAACCCAAGAGGACGAGUGGAUGGAACUUCUGAUGAUGAUGAACCAUUGCAACCAGAGUCUACCAGCAACGCCCAGACAGUUGAAGAUUUGGCAAAUGUUGAACUCGUUGAGGAUUUGACUGAGUUUGGACUUGAUGCUUUUGUACAUUCGGAGCCAGAAGCUGAGGUUGGGGAGUUUGAUGAAGAUUCAGAAGAUUCGGAUUGGUUUUUUUUUUUUUUUUCUAUUGGUCCGUCGGAAAUCCCUCGCAAAAUACCGACGAGAUAGCGACGACAAAGAGUUUCAUUAAAGUUUGGAAAUGUCCUCGGUAAUUCGUCGCAAUAUACCGACGACAUUCCGAAGAACUCGUCUAGUUUGUCGGAAUGUCGUCGGUAUAUUCCG